UCGGCAAAGUCCCCUGUUGCAGGCAGAAUAACGGCCCCCUGAAAGAUGUGCACGUCCUGGUCCCUAGAACCUGUGCAUAUGUUACUUCCCAAGGCAAAAGAACUGAGUGUGGUGAGGUUUUGGAUCCUGAGAUGGGGGGGAUUCCUGGAUUAUAUGUGGUUGGCCCAGUGUGAUCACAAGAGGCAGAAGGGUCAGAGUCCUGUAAAGAGUAUAAAGAGAUUUGACGACAAACCCAGAGAGACGAUGUCUUACUGCUGGCUGGAAGAUGGAAGAAAGAAAAGUAGGUGGCAUCUAGAAGCUGGAAAUUGUCCUCAAACAUCCUGCCCAAGAGCCUCAGGAAGGAACCCACACUACUGAGACCUUCCCUCAGGACUUCCGACCUCCAGAACUGUGAGAGAACACGUUUCCAUUGUCUCAAGCCACUAUGGGGGUGGCAGUUUGUUAAAGCAGCAGUAGAUGAGGCUGCCAGGCUUGAGAGAACCACCAUUACCUGGUUGAAGAGGGGAGGGGCAGCUCAGCAUUGGCCUCUGCAGCGUGGAUCUCCCGGCCAGGCUCUCAGCUGUCAGAUCCUACAACCAGAACUCUGCGCCCCAGGAUGGAGGCUCCGGCCCAGAAGGCUGGGCAGGGAGGAAUUCCCACGACCGAUGCCCGGGGUGCCUCCGGGGCCUGGGAGAAGAGGCCCGAGGAGCCGAGGCCCCUCGAACAGGACCGAGCUGGGAGCCACCCCACUCAAAAGGGGGACCUGCGUGGAGGGAUGGCGGACGGUAGGACGACUCCCCCAGGCGGGGGCUCCCAGGGCUGCAACCUCCGGGUGAGCCCCGGCUCGGGGACCCGGCAGAGCGCGGGGACCAGACCCCUCAUGCGGGAGCCGUGCAGCCCCACCUCUUCUCAGGACCCUGAGCUAGUUACCCGCGAGGGGCUGCAGGCCAGGGAGGGCCCCUGUGGGAGCCCGGCACGUGGCAGGGGCUGCAGCAGGAACUCCUGCCUGGCGCGGCAUCUCGGGGUGCCCGCUGGGGAGACGCCACCCGUGUGUGACCCCUGUCCGGAGCGGCUCCGGAACCGCCCCCCGACUCAACUGUGUGAGGUCCACACAGACUGUUGGCCAUGCCAACUGGGGACGGGCGCUCGGACCUGCCCGAGGACCCCAAAGCCGACCUCCCGCGGGAGGAGCCCCUCGGUGGAGCAGCCCCAGGCUUGCGCGUGCGGCGAGGCCUUUGCGUGGAGGGCCCUGCGGAUCCCCCAGGAGCGGCUGCAGGAGAUGGAGGAGCCCCGUCCGUGUGCCCGGUGCGGGAAGCGCUUCCACACCAACCAGCAGCAGCAGACGAGCAAGGGCCGCCCAGUGUGUCCUGAGUGUGGCCAAACCUCGCGACCUCGCCCGGGUGUCCCCAACCCCCCGGCCCAGCGGCUGUACGCUUGCGACGAGUGCGGCAAGGCCUUCACACGCACCUCCAGCCUGCUGCAGCACCAGCGCAUCCACACGGGCGAACGGCCCUACGAGUGUGCCGAGUGCGGCAAGGCCUUCGUGCGCUGCUCCGGCCUGUACCGCCACCAGAAGACGCACUCGGCUGAGCGCCACCGCCGUGGCCCCGUCCUGGCCCGGCGCGCCUUCCGACUGGGGUGCCCGCCCUGCGGGGACUGCGGCGAGCUGAGUCCCCGACGGGGGUCGGGAGCCAGGGAGAAGCCGUACGAGUGUGCCGACUGCGCCAAGGCCUUCGGGCUGUUCUCGCACCUCGUGGAGCACCGGCGCGUGCACACCGGCGAGAAGCCCUACGCUUGCCCCGAGUGCGGCAAGGCUUUCAACCAGCGCUCGAACCUGAGCCGGCACCAGCGCACGCACAGCAGCGCCAAGCCCUACGCGUGCCCACUGUGCGAAAAGGCCUUCAAGGGCCGCUCCGGCCUGGUGCAACACCAACGCGCGCACACCGGCGAGCGGCCCUACUGCUGCCCCGAGUGCGGCAAGACCUUCCGCGGCUGCUCCGAGCUGCGCCAGCACGAGCGCCUGCACUCGGGCGAGAAGCCCUAUAUCUGCCGCGACUGUGGCAAAGCCUUCGUGCGCAACUGCAGCCUGGUGCGCCACCUGCGCACGCACACGGGCGAGCGGCCCUACGCUUGCGGGGAGUGCGGCCGCGCCUUCAGCCAACGCUCCAACCUCAACGAGCACCAGAAGCGGCACGCGGGCCCCGCCGCACCUUGACCACCGGGAGCCGACGCGUCGCCCAAGCGAAUCCUGCGUCGAGGAGGGGCUUUGUCCCGGAAAACCCACCGUUUGUAACCUUGAUUAAACUUCACUUUGUACAC